AUUUCCCGGCUCCUAAUGUUUGGGUCCUUCCAUCUGUCUGUGGAGCAGCUCGGCUGCAGAAGCCAGGAUGGAGCUCUAGUGAGGAUAAAUGUGGUCUAAGGGAGACGAAAAGAAACCGAAUAACUCGCUGCCAUGACUGUUGUUAUUGGAUUUGAAGGAAGUGCCAACAAAAUUGGCAUCGGCAUCAUAAGGGAUGGUGAAGUGCUGUCCAACCCGAGGCGGACCUACAUUACACCGCCAGGCCAAGGUUUCAUGCCGAGUGACACAGCCAGGCAUCAUCGUGCAGUAAUACUGACUGUCCUGAAGGAGGCGCUGGAGCAAGCAGGCCUGAAGCCUGCAGACAUCGACUGCGUGGCGUACACUAAAGGCCCAGGUAUGGGAGCCCCAUUGGUAACUGUCGCCCUCGUAGCUCGGACAGUCGCUCAGCUGUGGGGGAAGCCCCUCCUGGGAGUCAACCACUGCAUCGGCCACAUCGAGAUGGGCCGGCUCAUCACCAAAGCCAACAACCCCACCGUGCUGUAUGUCAGCGGCGGGAACACCCAGGUUAUCGCCUACUUGGAGCGGCGGUACAGAAUAUUCGGGGAGACAAUUGACAUCGCAGUGGGCAACUGUUUGGACCGGUUUGCCAGAGUUAUCAAGAUUUCCAAUGAUCCCAGCCCAGGAUACAACAUCGAGCAGAUGGCCAAAAAAGGAACUCGUUAUGUGCAGCUGCCGUACACAGUAAAGGGAAUGGAUGUUUCUUUUUCAGGGAUUCUGUCCUUUAUUGAGGAAGCUGCUCAUAAAAUGCUGGCCUCCGGUCAGUGCACAGCAGAGGACCUGUGCUUCUCCCUGCAGGAGACUGUGUUCGCCAUGCUGGUGGAGACCACAGAGAGGGCCAUGGCGCACUGUGGCUCCCAGGAGGUCCUCAUUGUUGGGGGGGUUGGCUGUAACCUACGUCUGCAGGAGAUGAUGGGGGUGAUGUGCAAGGAGAGAGGAGCCAAGCUGUUUGCCACAGAUGAGCGGUUCUGCAUAGACAACGGAGCGAUGAUCGCUCAGGCGGGCUGGGAGAUGUUCCGGACGGGUCAGGUCACAGAGCUGGAGGACUCCUGGAUCACUCAGAGGUACAGAACUGAUGAGGUGGAGGUGACCUGGAGAGACUGAGUGGACGAUUCUGGAAGAACUAUUUUGUUUACUCUGCUUCAAAAGGACUAAUGUUCUAUAUUUUUGUAAACCUUAAAUUGAAUCCUGAAAAUCUGUUUAAAUAAAAAAACAACUCCAACUUU